AUGUCAUGUCCCAACAUCCAUUCGCCCCUUCUUAUGCUUCCCGUUCAAGAAGAAAAUAAUGUUUGCCUCUUCACUCUCACGAAAAAGGUACAACAUCAAUUUGAGGUCGACAUCGAAAAAUUUCAAAAUUUCCGUUUUGUGGGUUCAUCUCAUGGAUGGCUAAUUCUUCUGGACCAAAAGGCCGAUCCCAUGCUCCUCAAUAUCAUUACAGGAUUCUUUCAUCAACUUCCAGGAAAAGAGACUUUUCCGCACAUUCAUACCAUCCGUGAAGUCGAGAACGAAGUCUUCGAAAUCCAUUACAAGUCUUGGGAUUAUUCAGUUUCCCACUCUUCAAAAACUCUUCGACAACUUUCUGUCGUGAAGGCUGUUUUAUCUGCAAAUCCAUCAUCUUGUGACGCAGACUGUAAGGUGAUAAUUAUGUACAACGUGCAUUGCAAGUCGAAGCUCGCUUUCUGUAGGCUAGGAGACCCUGGAUGGACGGGCUUUGGUGGUGAAAUUGAGUCAUAUUACGACAUUGUAUGCAAUGGUAAUAUGCUUUAUGCACUGGGGGCAGGACCUUCUGUUGAAAUAUGGGAUUUACGUGAAUCUACGCCAAGCAUGAAGAUGAUAAUUCAAGACCCUCCUCCUCGAAAGUUGAUAGAAGCCCAUCAAAUUUACCCGUCUGAUCUAUAUUCAUCCCAAUGGUACUUGGCUUUCUCAAUGGGGGAGAUGUUUCUAGUUGUGAGGUACAUUGGAGAGUUCGUUAGGUAUGAUGGAAAAGUAGUUUAUGAAGGCGAUACUCUCACUGAGCAUUCAUCCCAGCCCUUAAUUUGUCCUUACAGAACAGUUAAGUUCCAUGUCUAUAAACAAGACUUUGAUCAGAAACUAUGGCUUCCGGUAGAAUCUUUGAAUGAUUAUGCACUAUUCGUGGGUGGAAAUCAUACCGUCUUGUUGCCAGUUAAGGAGCAUCCAGGAUGCAAGGCGAAUGCCAUUUACUUCACUGAUGAUUAUUGGGAUCGAAUGGACGAGGAUUACUCUUAUGGAGGUCAUGACAUGGGAAUCUUCAAUUUAGGAGAUGGAAGUAUAGAGCCAUUGUUCGACUGCGAUCAAGAGAGAAUUGAACCACCACCAUUUUGGAUUGUUCCUAACUAG